UGCAUUACCUCUGUAAACUUGUCAUAUAUAACGUUGUUCCGAAAUGUGUUGACGUUCCUAAGGACACGUUCCUUACACACCCUGCUUCAAAUGUGGGAGGAACCAGAAAAUGACAGCGUGUAGUUGAGUAGGGUGGGUGUGCAGCUUCUUCAAGUUAUGUUUACAGCUGUAGUGACGCACGUAACGUUCUAGUCAGUUUGAACUGGAAACAGGACACAUGUUUACAUGUUGUUUAGACUCAAAUGCAUGAAGAAGCAAAGAGUUACGAGGUCCAUAGCCGACCAAACUGAAUACGGUAAAAGAAUAUAGUUUGGUCUGUCAGUUAUGUAAUCAACACACGCGACGAGUAAUAGCAUUGCAACGUUGUGAUUGCAGAAGUUUGAUGUAGGCUAGCCUGGGGUAUGAUCGCAAAAUAAAUAACUGUUUAUCAUAUCUUGUGCCCUAGUGAGCCAAUGAUUAGAUGACCACGGCAUCAUAGUUUCGUUGUUUUAAAAGUGGACAGGAAUGUGGUGUAAAAGUAGAUGUUUACAGACGUUUUCUCAAGUGCAUGGUGAAAUGUGCAUACACGGUUAGUUACUAGUAUAGUACGAUUAGUAGAACAAUAACUGCAGGCAGCAUUUUAGUGUAAGACGUAGUUAAGUAAGCUAAAACUCCAGAGAGCGGUAGAGAAAAUACGGGUUUGUCUUUUAACCGUGCUGUAGAACAAUGACCUCACAUGCAGGACUCUUGGGUCAUACAUGGGAGCACUGGCACUGGGAUGUUGAGGGAAAAUCCACUGCUGUCCAACUGUCAUCAUGCCAACAGGCUGUUUACUUCCAUACCAACAUGCUCAUGGAGAGCGAAGGUUCCGCAGGGGUCCGUGGUACUAAAGGUUUCUGUUAUGGAGAACAUUACUGGGAGAUAGAGUUUAUCGAGCCCCCAUAUGGGACCUCUGUGAUGGUGGGCCUGGGGACAAAGCAGGCCCUUCUGCAUACUGGCAAAAUGCAGUUUAUCAACCUGUUAGGCAUGGAUGGGGAGAGCUGGGGCCUGUCCUACAAGGGCUCUCUCUGGCACAAUGGCAAGAGCAGAGAGUACACAGAGGCCUUCUAUGAUAAAAGCACUGUCAUUGGUGUGCUGCUGGACCUGAACUCUGGAACGCUGAGCUUCUACCGCAAUGGAAUAAGCCUUGGGGUUGCCUUUUCUGGUCUAGAUAAGUGAGCUCCACAGCCCCGGAGACAGAGUUACUGCUGGGGCUGCGCACCUGUCGUCUAACUUCGCUCCAGGAUUUCUGUCUGCACGUCAUAUCUAAAAGCCUCAGGCCUCGGGUCCACAUCGACUCACUGCCCUUACCUCUUUCCAUGUGUAAGCAGCUCCAUAUGACCACAAACACAGGACAACAUCAAACGCUCUUUGGUCAAGUGUGAGAGGACUGUCAAAAUCAUCUGGGGAUUUUUAAUACCAAAGUCAUUACAAUGAUAAUAAUGAUAAUAAAAAGCAUACAGAUUUAUUUAUAUAGCACAUACCAACAAAUGAAAUCACUGGCUAACCACAAGCAACAUGCAUAGUCAGACCAAGAAACAUUGUUUAAACAUUUUCCAAAUGGGUAGAAAAAACCUGAAGCUCAUUUCACUCACUUCACUACACUUAUGAAGGGUUUUGAACAUGUCCAUCGCUGUAAUUCUAUUGUAUGUUCACUUUUUUUGUGAACAUGUAUGUGCAAAGAGUAUGACAGGGCUCAAUGCCCCUGGAUGAUUUCUCUGGAAAGUUUUGGAUGUGGAUUGGCUACAAUGUCAUGGAAAAAACUAGGCCACCUAUCAUUUUUACAAUGGUUUUUCAUGUUCGCACCAUAUUUAUGUUUGAUUUUACAUGGCCUAUAUGUGUAGUGUGUAGUGAUAUUUAGUUAGGAUGAAAAAUGUGGUCAGGUGUCUGAUGCUAUCUGGCAUUUACUCUGCAACUGAUAAACCAGCAUACAAACAACUGAACAUUAAAUAAAGCCCCUGCAUACAGUGCUUUUAUUACCAAUUGCUUUAUGAUUGCAUGUGCUUAUGGUUCUAUUAGGGGUCCAAGCAUCGAAGCUGCUGGAUCCCUAUUGUAUUAGUUCCGGUUCUGGAUCCAUAUUGUAUUAGUUCCGGUUCUGGAUCCAUAUUGUAUUAGUUCCGGUUCUGGAUCCCUAUUGUAUUAGUUCCGGUUCUGGAUCCAUAUUGUAUUAGUUCCGAUUCUUAUUUUAUUUUCCUCCAACAAAACUUGAUGGGCACGCACACCAAAUUUUGACCAUAGAUUCCAAAUGAGUGCAAUGACUUGCACAACUGAGUAGGGGGUGCUAUAAUUUAGUUUUUUGCUCAUAUCUCUGUAACCGUAUGGGUUAAAACUACAAAUCUUAUGUUCCUCUGAUUCCUUGAAAGCAUCUGAUUCUAACGCAACCAUCUCCCCAAAUUCUGCCCACCAAAUUUGCCCAAAGUAAAUUAAAUCUUCCAAGGCCAGUUAUUUGAUCUUUGAAUCAUCUACAGACCAUGCUGACAAAAACACGUAUUUUUUGAUUUUUGAUUAGUCAAAAGUGUUUCAAAGUUACGGGACAAUCAAAUUUGAGGGCAUGACCCUUAAUGACUUCUGAGGUCCAAACUUCACAAUCACUACACACACUUUGGACGUCCAUGGGGGCACAACAUUUCCUCAUCUCAAGAACUGCUUAAUACAAAAAUGUGAAAUUUGUUGUUCUUUUACUUUAUCCCAUUUCCUGACAUCUCCUAAAGUGCCAAUAGCCAUGUUUCUAUCCAGCCAGUGCGAGCUAGGGCUAUCUUCGAUCCAAUUGGGGCGAACAGUACGUCCCAUUCGCCAGACACACCCACCGUCGUCCGUCAACGCAACGCAUACGUCUGAAUGUACUGUGCGUUUGCAAUGCGUUGAUCCGUUACCGUAUCCCCAUUCUCUUUGAAUGGGGUGAUGUCAUCCGUUGCCGAACUGAAGGCCGAAAUAUGCUUCUACGACUGCGUUACUGUAUGUUCACGCAGUUGCUUCAACGGACUUGUGAA